AGUCGACAUAGAUCCACACAAAUCGAUCCUCAGACCAGUUUCUGCUUCGUUCACAGCAAGAACACGGUGACAUUUUGCGGCAUUUGCGCUAAUCGCUGCGUCAAUACAAAGACCGUCGACCCCUUCCUCGUUUGUUUUCUUCGUUUCAAUUGAAAUAGGACACCGCUGAUGUUUCAGCGUCCAUGUCCUCCCGUAGGCUGCGCUGCGGAGUGAUAUUCCAGUGGAACCGACAAUGUGGAGGCUGUUAAAAUGUCUACUUGGAAAAUGAAAUGGUUACAGUUUCUCUAACAAUAAGGAAACGGACUAACACAAGAGUUAUGGUUCGUGUGAGAGGCGUGUUUUCAGGUUCGUGACGAAGACGACAGCGAGACGAGGCGACAGGAGUGGUUUAUAUUGUCUUUCCUCAUCUUCAUCAAGCCCACAGUCCGGACCACGGGGGGAAGGAUCCUAUCCCUAACUUUGUUUUUCUCUCUUCUCCAGCCGUUCGCUUCUCCCCGUUGGAUGCCGCUUUAUUGAAUCCAGUCGCUUGCUGAGACUGAAAGGGCCAAGCGAACAGCAGCAGAGAAUGGCUGCAGUGGAAACAGACAAGGAGCUCAGCGACUUGCUGGAUUUUAGCGCGAUGUUUGAGCUUCCAGUUUCAAAUGGAAAGAACCGGCCGACUACUCUCGCCAGCAGUCAGUUUGGAGGUUCAGGUAUAGAUGAGAGGAGUGGAUCCAGUCCCUGGGGACCAGGAGAGCAGAACAGCCCAUCUUUCAACCAGGGAAGGGGCUAUGGAGAGGAAGGCCUUUACAAUGAGCAAGAGGGCUUGGCCUCUGCCCCUAUAUUUGGAUCAGGGAUUGUUGGAAAAGCUGAACGAGGACCAUACUCGUCAUAUGGAACACAGCCGGGAUUUAUGUCCAGUGAGAUACCUAUGCCCAGUCCAGAUGCACUCUCCCCAUCAGGGGUUAAGUCCAACUCUCAGUUUUAUUCCUCAUAUGAGGGGAGCAACUCUCGCCGGAGACCUGCACAGGAACCCAUCGAAUCGCAGCCAAAAAAGAUCAGGAAGGUGCCCCCUGGCCUGCCCUCCUCUGUUUAUGCAUCAGCACCAGGAGAAGAUUUCAAGAGGGACAGUGCUUGCUACCCAGCCUCCAAAGCAGGAAAUGUCUGCCCUCCACCAUUCUACAUGCAAGAAGGCCUUCACCCGCCCUCCGAUCCAUGGGGCUCUGCCGGGUCGAUGGUUCAGCCUGGUUAUUCUGCCUUGCUGGGCAACUCCCCCCAUCUGAGCCAGCAUGGUCCCUUCACUGCCAUCAACCCCCAAGACAGACUGAAACGGCAGCCACUGCCCCUUUCUCCCCAAAACUACCCCCUGCAUGGCAGUGAAGUGAACGGGGCUCAUCCCGCUGGGUUCCACUCUGGCUCCAGCAGCUUUGGAGUCCCCAGCCACACACCCCCUAUCACUGGCACUGAAACCAUUCUGGCAAAUCGAAGCGCAGUACCUGGAAGUUCAGGUGAUGAGAUUGGAAAAGCCCUGGCAUCUAUCUAUCCUUCAGACCCAAAUAGUACCGGUUUCCCUCCAUCCCCAUCUACUCCCUCUGGCUCUCCUCAGGCUGUAUCAGGCUCUGUAUCCCAGUGGACUCGGUCCUCUGGCCAAGCCACACCUUCACCUAACUUUGAGGGUGGAAUACAGUCUAUGCCGAGUAAAAUGGAGGACCGCCUGGACGAAGCCAUCAACGUUCUCCAGCGUCACGCUAGUGGUCAAGGGGGGCCAGGACUUGCUGAAAUGCAAAGUCUGCUCUCAUCCAGCUUAGGCUUACCACCUUCGGCCUUCAGCAGUGCAGCACUUGGACUGGCCAGUCGUCUGCCAGGACUGAUGUCCAGUCACCAUGAGGACUCUGUUGGUCUGCCCUCUAGUGGAGGGCUUCUACACGGUCACCACGGUGCUUCAUCUGUCCAGCCAGGCUCUCAGCCUGAUGGCUUUACAGGCCUUUCUGGCAACGGAAAUCGCUCCAGUGGUGCUGCCAUCAAACGAGAGGAAAAAGAGGAGGAUGAGAACUGCUCCGUUACAGACAAGUCAGAGGAUGAGAAAAGGGACAUGAAGGCUCACCUUCGAACAAGUCUGGAUGAUGAGGAUGACGAAGAAGAUCUACCAGUGGAGAUUAAGGCUGAGCGGGAGAAAGUGCGGAGGAUGGCAAACAACGCCCGCGAACGAUCACGUGUGCGGGACAUCAACGAGGCUUUUAAGGAGCUGGGACGCAUGUGUCAGCUCCACGUGAGCAAUGAGAAACCACAAACCAAAUUGAUCAUACUGCAACAGGCCGUUAACGUUAUACUCAACCUGGAGCAGCAAGUUCGAGAGCGUAAUUUGAACCCAAAGGCUGCCUGCCUCAAGAGGAGAGAGGAGGAGAAAGUGUCGGGUGUGGACCCCCAGAUGCAGCUCGGUGGGGGUCACCCAGGUCUAGGAGGUGAUGGACACAACCCUGUGAGCCAUAUGUAACUCUCAGUUCCUGUUGAUUGUACAGCCCUUAGAACACGUGGCCUUAAUCUACCAUUGUCAUACAUCUCAGUGUGUGUUAAUCAACUUUUGGAAAAACACACUCCUCAUUACUGACAAAGCAGGUGGCCACAUUCCUGACGAUGAAUAUGAAAAUAACAAGCACACUGAUACAAAAAGAGAAGAAAGAUUUAUUUACCUUUACAUGACAACACCUUGAACCGUGGAUGCUGGUUUGGAAACCGUGGGAAAUUGGACACGAGGACGUUCUUAUGAUGAUGUUUUUGUAAGACAUUUUUAAAAUCACUUCACAAGUUGGGUGCAAAACUUCUUUGGAUCAAAUAACACUUUUGGAUCAAUUGCUCAUGUGAGCAAAGUUAGGAUUUGUAUCGUUGGAUUAUUAUUGGCAUUCCCAUCAGAAAAGGAGGUCUUACGUUCUUCACAAAGAGAAGAUUUGCAUCUCAUGGUUGAACAAAACCUCUUAAUCAUGCCUAAAACAGGCCUGAUGCAUAGUGUUGGGUUCGAUAAAAAUCAUUCUUAUCCUCUUAUGUGGUGACUGAAUUACAGAGGCAGGUUUGGAGACAUCCAGCCACUGACUGGGCAAUCGGAGACCUGACUCCUCUUUUUGAUAAGCUGGUAGUUUGGGCUGUAUUUCUUAAAUUUAUUGCAUGAGUGACAAGACGCCACACUCACCGGCUCACUCAUGUAGUUGGUUCCUUUUUUGCUUCUUCCUAACCGUGGAACCCUGAGUCUUAUCUCUUCAAGUCCUAUACAUCUGUUAUUGUCACUGCCAUGCAAGUGGAAUGGAAAGACUGCCGGAGAGAGACCAACCACUGACACAAACCCCAUGACUAAAUGCAAAUGGAAGAUCAAGAGUGACGCUGGAUCAAAUGUCCAUAUCGACACACCAUCCUUCUUCCGUGAGGCUGCCGUUGGACUCGAGCGUCCUUCACCGUGGUGAAGUCGGUCGCUCUCAGCCUCAGCCAUGGGGUCAGUGUGAACCUCUGACUCAAAUAGAGCCAGCGUCAGCCCGCCUGCCCACAUCGAAUCAUACAGACGCUGUUACAGCACCGUGAACUUACUGCAUCUAACCUUCAGAGCAAUUUGUAUUGUGGUAAAUUGCAUUUUGUGAACAGACGGAAAUAACUGAGUAUUGAAAGGGAUCACGAGUGUUACUGCUACGUUUGGGAGAAUUUACACUAUCACCAUUGACUGACUUGUUUUGGUUGCUCUGUGUUGAGCAUUUGGUGUUUUUUUGUUGACUUUUUUUUUUUUUUUUUAACCUUUUGAACAAUUGUGGAGCCUGUUAUAAGGAUCUUCCUUUUGUAGAAUUGAUUUAUCAUUGUUUUUUAAUUUUUGUUUUUUUUAACUUUGUAAGAUAGCUGUAAGUGUUCUGUUUUUGUCAUUUGGAAUGCUUUUUCUUUUUGUUUACAUUGUUUAAAUGUCAGGCGACUCAAUUUAGAUUCCAGGAACAAAGUGAGUUUUUUUUAAUUUGGUGCCAGGUGCUUUAGAAAUGUUAGAAAUGACAAAAUUACCUGGUUGUAACAUCACAUGUUGUGAUAUUGGUCUUCUUUUUUUAAAAUCCCUGUUUGAACACAAAACUGUCAGGCCAGUUGUAAUUGGAUCGUUCUGGAGUUUGUGACAGUUUUUCUUCAGAUGAAAUGAAACAUGUUUUCUUCAGCGCACGCCCCUCCUGUCUCCCUGAUGUCCAGCUCUCUGACGUGCUUGUUGAUUAGUUUGAGGAAGGGACAGACGGGGCGGUCUGCACAAUCUGCAACAUAAUUCACUGUUUCAGUGUGAUAUGAAGCAUAAAAUGAAUCAAAAAGGGUGGCCUUAGUCAUUUUCCUGACUUGGGGAGUUUUGAUAAUGGUUACUCACCAGUGCCUGAAUACUUCUCUGCUACAUGGUGGAUGAUGUUGCAUUUAAGGAUUUAUAGGUUGUACCUUUUUUUUCUUUUACAAUGCAGAUGUAUAAAGACAUAUUUACUUCAGUAACAUCUGUCAGUGUCUCAGAACAUCUAAAUGAAGAAGUACACUCUGUGACGCCGGCCGCUUCAGUGUGUGUGUGUGUCAUGAGAUGUAAGCUGACUAAUUACCUGGUCUGCAACUUUGAUGCUGAAAACUGUACUCAAAACUUCUUUUUUUUGUGGUCUGGAUUUAGUUCAAUAUAAUUUUGUCUUAGACUGGCAUGUGCUUUGAUAUGUAUGUACAGCUGUAUGUCUUUAUCAGCUUUAUCAUUAUAGGCUGGUACUGAUACAUAACAGUAUUUGUCAUUUAUCACAGAUCUUGCCCCCAAGGACGAGCCCCAAUUAUAAUUUUCUUUGUUGAUUUAGCUUUUCUGUAGAAAAACAUGGUGUUUUUGUGAUCUAGAAAAUUGCUACUGAAGACUUGUACUUUUAUUUCUGUAUGUGAAAGAUGCGUCUCCAGUAACACAGUAUCAAAACAUGCACCUGAUAUUUUUUUGUUAAAAGACCCUCUCUGUCCUCCGCAGCAGACGACCGGCUACAGCUCUCUCUUUACUCAUGUUUGGGGACAACAUCUAUGUAGGCUAUGUCCUCAAAGUGCCUCCAGUUUCCUAUUUUUUAUAUAUAAAAGUAGAUAUCGAGAACUGUUGUGUAUAUAACAGUAAUGUAGCAAUAAAUGUGCCAUUUACAAAACCCAA